AUGAUCCGGCUGCUGAGCUCCCUCCUCCUUGUGGCCCUGGCCACAGGCUCACACCCACCAAUCCACAUCCCCUCCAGCCACUUCUCCAACCCCUCCAGCCGUGUGGUCAAUGGUGUUCCUGUAGAUCCCCCAUACAAGUAUCCCUGGCAGGUUCUCUUGCAGUAUCAGGCGAGUGGAGGCUGGUCCUUCACCUGUGGAGGGACCCUCAUAGGUUGUUGCUGGGUUAUGACUGCUGGCCACUGCAUCUCGAGUGGUCGGACAUACCGGGUUGUGUUGGGAGAGCACGAUCGUUCAGUGACAGAAGGACCUGAGCAGCCCAUCAUUGUGAGUGACAUCUUCGUGCACCCCAAUUAUGACGACUAUAAUGUGGCCAAUGGCUAUGACAUCGCCCUCCUCAAGCUGUCCAAAUGUGCCAACAAGACGGAUGAGGUCCAACCUGCCCGCCUCCCUCCUGCUGGCUACAUCCUGCCCCACGGGACAGAAUGCUAUGUCAGUGGCUGGGGCCGGCUCACCACUGGUGGAAAACUGCCAAACGAACUACAAGAAGGUCUGCUGCCCGUGGUGGACUACGAACACUGCUCCCAGUCGGGCUGGUGGGGCUCCACCGUGAAAGAGACCAUGGUGUGCGCCGGCGGGGAAGAAGUCUCUGGUUGUAACGGUGACUCUGGAGGACCCCUCAACUGCCCAGGAGAGGAUGGUGAGUUGGAGGUUCAUGGCGUGACCAGCUUUGUUUCUGCCCGUGGCUGCAACACAGAGAAGAAGCCCACUGUGUUCACCCGCGUAUCAGCCUACAUUGACUGGAUUAAGGAGGUAAUGUCUGCAUAG